GAGACCGGAGGGACCAAGACCAGGGCCGGGACCGACGGCCGUCUCUCUCUCCUUCCCUCCCUCCUUCCCGGCGCGGCGCCGUGUGUUGUAGCGCAGGGUGAAGCUUCUGGGAAGCCUUACGCCUCAUAAACGAUUAUUCCAAAGAUCCAAGAGGCAGUGGCAGGAAAUUGACAUGGGCAAACAACAAAUAUGGAAUUUGCUGAACUGCAAGUCUACAAUAAAAUCUGUCAAUAAAGUUCCACAUAACAUGAUACAUUCUUCACCUGUGAAUUUUAGCAUGAAAAAUAAACAUCAGUAUAUGAGAAAUUUUCCAGUAUUAGAGGGUGAAAUCCCUUCACUUUACAGACAUAUAUUUGAAGGAAAUGCAAGGAACAGUGAGACAUGUAUUCAAAGGUAUUCAGAGCUGUGUGAGAAGGUCAGCAAAGGCAGAACAAAAAAUGCAAUAUUGAUUCAUACUCAGAAGAAAAAGAAAUUGCUUGUUCAUGAACGCUUAAAACUGCUUCUUGAUGAGGAAUCUUUUCUUGAGCUUUCCCCUCUUGCAGGGCUUGAUAUGCCAUAUGGUGAUGUUCCUGCUGCAGGAUGUAUCACUGGAAUUGGAAGAAUAUCUGGCAUCUGGUGUGCUUUCCUAGCAAAUGAUGCAGUAAUAAAAGGUGGAACCAUUUAUCCUGUUACACUGAAGAAACUAUUAAGAUCUCAAGAAAUAGCAAUUAAAAAUAAGCUUCCAUUUGUCUACUUGGUAGAUAGUGGGGGAGCAUUCUUGCCACUUCAGGCAGAGCUGUUUGCUGACCAGUUCCAUGGAGGCCGAAUUUUCUAUAAUCAGGCUGUAAUGUCUGCACUGAAAAUCCCUCAGGUGUCAAUUGUAUGUGGCUCUUGUACUGCUGGAGGUGCUUAUAUUCCUGUGAUGGCAGAAGAAACGGCCAUAGUAGAUAAAAUUGGGACAGUGUUUCUUGGUGGUCCCCCUUUAGUUAAAGCAGCCACAGGAGAAGACACUCAUCCUGAAGAACUAGGGGGAGCCAGUCUGCAUGCUAAAGUCAGUGGUUGUGUUGAUCAUUUUGCAACUUCUGAAAAAGAAGCAUAUGAAUGUAUUAGAAAUGCUGUUUCAACACUGAAUUACGUGAUGCCUAUAGAAGAGAGUCUAGAAUUUGAUAAUCCCUUGUACAGUGAUGAUGACCUCCUAGGACUUGCACCACAAGAUUACAGUUACACACUACAUAUAAAAUUGAUUCUGAGUCGGAUAAUAGAUGGCAGCAGAUUCCAAGAAUUCAAAGCUAAUUAUGGAAUAACUUUGGUAACAGGAUUUGCCUGCAUAGAAGGACAGCUAAUUGGAAUAGUGGCUAACAAUGGUGAGCUGACUCAGAAUGCUUCUCUAAAAGGUUGCCAUUUCAUAAAGCUUUGUAGCCAGCGAAACAUUCCUAUCCUGUUUCUCGUCAAUACUGCUCCAUAUACUGCAGAGCCAACCAAUCUCACACAGGCAGAAGAUCAGGCUAAUCGGUUAAAGGCACAGGCCUCCAUGAUGGCUGCAGUUGCCUGUGCCCCUGGACCAAAGAUAACAGUUGUGAUUGGUGGCUGUUUUGGAAGUGAAAGUUAUGCUAUGUGUGGAAGAUCGUUUGAUCCAAACUUCUUAUUCCUUUGGCCAAAUGCAAGAAUUGCCCUUGUGGACUCAAGACGUAGCUUCACAUUCACACAGAUCUGGAACAAUGACUAUUCAGAACCAGAAAUAGAUGUAAAAUUAUUAAAAGGAAAGCUGCAAAAAGAAAGUAGUGCAUUUUACUCUUCUGCCAGGAUCUGGGAUGAUGGAGUAAUCCUGCCCCAGAGUUCAAGGAAGGUUAUCGGGCAAUGCUUAAGAAUUAUGAAGCAACAAAGUUACCAGAUAGCAUCCUUGCAACAGUCUUCUCUUCCUGUCUUAAGAAUGUAAAAGUACAGACGCUCUCAAGUCAACCCUGACUCCUGUGAUCACAGUGACACGUCCGUAUGUGUUUUUGGCAACAGUGGAGAAGAAAAG